AUGUCCAGGAUUGCUGACUUGUCCACCGAGGGGGAGACCGCUCCUCGCGAGCCACGCAUCCGCCGGAAGAAGGUGCACAAGAAGUCGCGGAAGGGGUGUCAUGGAUGCAAGCGGAGUCAUGUCAAGUGCGACGAGUUGCAGCCCCGUUGCAAGCGCUGCUUGAUCCGCGGACUCCCAUGCGCAUAUCCCGGAGCCGCCGCGCUGGGCCCCGAAGACGCCAUCUCCAUGUGGUCGCUCAGCAGUUGGCCGGCAGCGGCAGGGUCAGCCGCAAAAGAGACGGGCUUUGCCACGGCCUUUCGCCGAUUAGCUGGCCGUGUCCCAGACUGCCUGCUCUGGAAGUACUACCUUGGCCAUGCCAGCAAGACGAUGGCCAGUACCGACUGCGAUCCUGCCUACGCCGACAUGUGGCAGACCGCCGUGCCCUCGGUGGCGCACAACGACCCGGCAACCUCGCAUGCGCUGAUGGCGCUGAGCGCGCUGUGGUGUGCCAGCUCUCAUGGCGCUCAGCUAGGAGAGAGCACCUUCGAUUACUCGGCCACAGCCAAGCUUCAUUACUGCAGAUCACUCGAGUACCUGCGGACGUCGAUGUCGAAGCAGGGCACGACCAGCCCUGACGCACUGCUGGCGUGCUCCCUGCUCUUGAUCCCAUGUGGGCUGAUGCUCGCCCGUAACGGCUCCAGCCCUACGCGCGAGUGGCUGUUCCAUGUGCGAGGGUUCCGAGCCCUCGGGGAUUCGCUUCUCGGAUCGAACUGGACAGCGACCGCGCAGCCGCACCUCCAGCUGAUGCCUUUCCCGCAGGAUGGAUCUCCGAAGCGGCCCAUGCACGACACCUGUUGCAGCCAGGCAAUGCUCGACGACCGGUCCACGCUGCUGUUGAAUUCCAUCGAGCGCUCUCACCGGGACGCCAUCGACACACUCCGGGCCGCUAUUGCAGAGUCCGGACAGACUUCCAUUCACUCAGACACCAGAACGUACACAGCGGCAGUGGACGAACUGCAGCAGGUCAUGGACUACGUGAUCGGAUGCUGCGUUCCCAGGCGCCUGCGGGUCAUCUUCUCUUGGACGACGGAAAUGCCCUCUAGCUUCGAAGAGAUGCUGAUGGGACACGACGAGCUCGCCUAUGCAAUCGCGGCGCAUUGGCUCGUUGGCACUUUGCUGCUGGACGACUUGUGGUUUGUGAGGAACUUUGGAGCGUACCGCAUUGAGAGAAUAACUGAGAGACUAGAACAGACUGAUAGUCGGUAUUUGAGCCUUUUAGACUGGCCGCGGGAGAUGUUGAAUGACUGGAGGUUGGCAUCGGUUGGGAUGUAA